GGUUGGGUCUUGCUUACUGCUCCCUCGUCCCUUUUUAAUCUAUGCGUACACAUUGCACAGUUCUUUGGGUUAUCGUAACUACCCGUACUUAUUUAAAUAUCCAAGUUGAUUACAAGUUUAUAACAACCACAUUACACCUUAUAAAUGAAUGCAUUCCGAAUUUAAGCAUAGAGAAACCAAUCCCUCCCUUGAAUUUUCUCUUCAUAUAUAAAAGUAAGUUAUUUGUACAACAAGUUGUGUACGUUGCUAAUUUCUGGAGGGACGCAUCGAUUUGUCUCAAGUGGCAUCACUGAACAACCAAGAAAUUAAAGAGGGUACAAAAAUGGCAGCUUAUACAAUCAAGUCCGACAAGAUAUUCCUUCGAUGCUUGGACACGUCAGCAAUAGAAGUGUAUGAGCUGGAUAGUCCUUACAUAUUUCCGGUAAAAGGGAAGCAAUGGAGUCAACUUGGAAUGACGUACUAUAGGUGUUGGGAACAAUUAUGAAGCGUUGAAGAUCGGGGACAAAGAUAUAGGAGGUGAUGAUUUGCAGUCGCUGAUCAAAGAUCUUUUCAACUCACGACUGAUAGUGAACGGCGAGGGACUUGGUUUCCUAGCAACCGCAGGGGUCACAUCUGUGGUCUUGGAAGUGGAGUACUUCAGGUUGUUUGAUCUCUUUGAUUGGUCCAAGUAUCAUGUCAAUACAUCACUCAACACUAAAUGGGCUCGUAGCAACUUCAUGGAUGGUCGCCCCUUGGAUAUACUUGGGCGUAAUGGAAACCGUGAUGACAACGAGUACAAGAAGGAAUUGAGCGAAGAGGCGUUAGACGAAGCAGAGCGUAAAAGGCAGCAGGAAUUGAAGAAGAAACAAGAUGAGAUAGAAGCAUUGAAAGAGGCGUUAGACGAAGCAGAACGUAAAAGGCAGCAAGAAUUGAAGAAGAAACAAGAUGAGAUACAAGUAUUAAAACAAGCGUUAGACGAAGCAGAGCGUAAAAGGCAACAAGACUUAAAGAAGAAACAAGAUGAGAUAGCUGAACUGAAGAGUAAACACAAAGAGGAGUUGCGUAUAUUGGAGAAUAGAAUGCUUGAAGAAUUGAAGAAAAUACAGGCUGAGUUAGAGUCCAAAAUUAAAGAAAAUAUGGGUUUGGAAAAGGAGCUCAAAAUAUGGGUGUUUGACAGGAGUAGCUUUAAUGUUGGGCGUACCAUGGAUUUUUAUUCAAGAUUGGCGCAAUAUUUGAAAGCUGAUUUACCUCCUUCAAAAAUUACAUUCAAACAUGAAUAUUCAGCUUUGGGUACAUGGCCCCCUUCCCACGAUCCUGAGGCGAGAGUACCUUUGAGUCGAGUUGAGUCAGUUUCAUCACUUCCAGAACUUUGGUUUAAUUGUAUACCAUCACACAGUCCUAAUGACUUUGAUCGUAAUAAUUGGAGAGUGAUCCGAUGUGCAGUCCCUUUUCCGGCGGAUAACCCGAAUGUAACAAGGUGGAUCCUAGCGUAUUACGAUGGCAAUAAUUAUCAAACGGGGAUCAAGGUAACAGGAAUGACUGGUAAUGUUGUCAUUCCCAUUCCAUGUCCUCUUCAAUCCCUUACCAACUACCGCCCCCUCGAUGUAUAUAAUAUAUUGGGUGUUGGUCAUAGAUUGUCAAUGUAUUGGGGUUAUAGUCGCUUGCCGGGUGAUAGCCAGUAAACUCAACUAAUCAUGGUGGAUUCCCCGUAAACUCUUCAACGAAAUAUGUAACACGAAACUACUUACUGUGUAUUUUUUUCUCAAUUGACUUUGCCCCCCUUUCAUGUGUACUACUAGACAAGUACUUAAUUUAAACACGUAAUGAUAUGUGAUGCAAUACACCAAAGACUGAAUAAGAUAUUAAUAUAAGGUUGUGACGCUCUCUGCACUCGAAUACACAACUUAUAUAUGUGAUUGUUGUUAUCGAGCUCGAGUACCUUAAAGUGAAUUUUAAGUUCUCCACUUAUAAUUUUAUAGGGGAG